UGUGAAUGGAGUUGUUUCAAAAAUAAACCCCCCCUUUCAAUGCCUCAAUCUAGGACAAGAAACUCACUCUUCACAAUUAUCAACCAUCCUUACCAAGUCUUCAUUUGAAAGAAACCCCUCAAACAAUCUUUCCAGUCCUAUCAAGGAGUCAAAGCAAAUGAAGGAGAAAUCACCUUCUGCUAUGGCGUCAGUCAAGGGCUCAGUUAACAAGGAAAAGGAAAUUGAAUCCUUGAAAAUGGAGGUUGGCAAGAAUGAAGAAUCGGAUAAAGAAGCUUCAUUUAACAAAAUGAAAGAUGAAUCGGGUAUGGUCAAAUCCUCCGAGUCUGAUCCAACAGAGUCUUUAUCGGAAGAUCAACAGAGAAUCCAUCAACUGAGUGAACAAAUCAAGGAAAGAAAAGAAUCCGAGAAGAAGAUAUAUGAUUCAUAUGUGGCUCAAUCGAAAGAGUUUGAGCAAGAAAAGGUUUCACUUGAACAUUCCAAGAACCAAAUCAACUCUCUCCUGGAAAACAUGCAGAAAUGGGAACACCCAUCAAAUGUUUCCUUUCAAACUUCCAUGGGGAAUGAUCAUUUAAAAAGACUUGAAUUGGAGCUUCAAUUUACCAAAGAGAAAUUGGUUCGUGCGCAAGAAGAUGAGCAAGCUUCUUCAUUAAGGGCUAAGAAUCUAACUGAGGAAGUCAACUUUCUGAAAAGUGAAAUGAAAUUCAUUGCUGAUGCAGAAGAAAACAACAAAAAAGCCAUGGAUGAUUUAGCCUUGGCAUUGAAAGAAGUGAUAACAGAAGCAAACGAAGCCAAGAACAAGCUGUCUGCAACACAAUUUGAGCUGGAGAAAACAAAAGGGUUGGUAGAAAAUUUGAAGAUGAAGCUGAAAAUGGUGGAAGGAAAGUACAACGAAGCAAAAAAAGAAGCUGAUCGAUAUAAAAACACAUCGGAGAGGUUAAGGAUAGAAGCUGAAGAAUCCCUCAUGGCAUGGAAUACAAGAGAGAUUGGAUUCGUGGACUGCAUUAGAAAAGCCGAAGAUGAACGAAAUGCUGCAAAAGAAGAAAGCAAAGCACUGCUGGAAUCCCUUGAAGAAGCUGAGAAUAUGAACAAGAAGGCCAAGGAAGAGAAUCAGAAACUUCGGGACAUCAUGAAACAGGCCAUAAAUGAAGCUAACGUAACCAAAGAAGCGGCCAACAUUGCUAGAGAGGAGAAUUCGCAACUCAAGGACUCCAUUACCAAAAAAGAUGAAGCUUUGAAUUUCCUUUCCCAAGAGAAUGAAACCCUUAAGAUCAAUGAAGCGGCUGCUUGUGAGAUGAUUAAGGAGUUGAAGCAGUUGCGAAAUAAAGGAGUUUGAAAACGCCCGAUGCUCACGAAAAAGGUAAUAAAACGAAUUAAAGUGGUGAAAAAUUUGUAUAGAUUCAGCACUCCCAUUUGUUUGAUUCUAAAGUUCCCGUAGAAACAAAUUAAAAUGUUGCAGAAGAUGAAAGUGAUGAUGAAGAUUCAAAGCAGCUUAAAUGAAAA